AUGACUUCGUCCCACUCUCAGGAAGGCCCCAGCGGCCACCACAGUACACCGCAACCACAGCCGCAAUCGCAACCGCAACCGCAACCGCAACCGCAACCACAAGCCCAGUCGCAACCCCAGCCCGCAGAUGGCCAGCCGACUGCCUCGAGAACACCGCCCGCCAGCGAUCGGCCCUCCGACCAAACACCCAUUCAGACGAGCCGUGUCGACGAUACGACAACAACAACGAACCAAGAGUCGGCGCCGUCCAGGAGUCUGCCCCCAUCAUCCGACCCACCGGCCCAUCCUGUCCAAACCUCGACAUCACACGGCGAGGGGAUUCCGCCGCGCCGCCGCCCCGACGAUGGCCACAUGAACAAGUCCAAUGAUUUUGUUGAGAACUGGCUCAUCACGACUGACCAGCUGCCGCCGCAGUCCGUCCAGGCUGGGACUGCUGAACAUGUCGCGCCUCCCGACGCUGCUGUUGCUGCUGCUGCUGCUUCUACGGCAGCCGCAGCGACAGCAGUCGAGUCCCACGCACCAAACGGACUUACCAGCGACUUCGCCAAACCUGACGUAGCAAUGCUAGGACAAGACAUCCCGCAUGACUUCGUCCAAGGCUUACCCGCAGAUCUCCCUGUGACGGGAGACUCAUACCUCCCCAUAUCUAGCGAAAAUCUACCUCUUUCUUGGUCGCUCCCUGGGCCAUUUACCUUCCAGCCUGGCGUCUUUCAGCCUGGCGUCAGCGUUUCCCAGGGAAAUGACGAAGAUAUGUCUGAUGACGCGGCCUCACUUGACGAGCCAGUAUUGGAUGGGACCAGUUUCGACCGAAUGGCACGCCUAGAGUUUGCUGAUACUUUCGUUGCAAUAACAACAAAUACGACAAUAAUAGGACGAGAUCAGCGCGUCUACAAAAGGGCUGUAAUGAAUAAAAAACGCGCCGAGGGCGGCUUGUCUCCUAUGUCGAGAGCAGUGCCACAAAAACGUGGCCACUACAGCAAAUCCUACGUUAGUCAAGAGGGUGGUGCUCUGGGCCCCGAGUCGGACGGCGAGGGGAGGUCCAGAUCGUCCAAGCGACGUAGGACACUUGACAACGGCCAAUAUACGCUUUCGCCCAAGCAACAGACACCAGCCGCGGAUGACCCUUCAGCACCUGACAACGUCAUCAGCAGUCGGCAAUAUGUCGACCAUACCCCAGGAGCGGUACCCGUCGACAUGGAUAAUCUUCGCCCUUCAUCCGAUGAUGUAGCCAGAAUAGACAUCCACGGUGCCGGCCCCGACAUCAUUGAGACUUCCAAGGGCAUCUCGAGGGAUCAUCUCAAGAUACAGUAUGAUGAGGAAAAUCGUGUCUGGCAGGCAACAGCCAUCGGCAGAAAUGGCUUCUUCUGUGAAGAGAGGCUCUACCACAAGGACGAGGUUGUCACUCUCCGCUCUGGCUCUCACCUUCAGAUCCAAGCUGUCGGCUUCAUAUUUACGAUCAGCGGCGUUGAAGAUGGGAAGCUUGGUAAUGAAGAACCAAGAGCCUACUUCGAGGACGGUAAGAAGAUGAGUCUCGACUUUUCCAACUCCCGUUUAGAAUCCGACAUGCGAUCCACCGACGACGCGUUAUCGUCGCCCGUACAAAUGCCUACUGCGUCCGCAAUGCUCGAUACCGAUGACUCGGAUGACUCAGAUAGCGAGGCUCACGGGUCCACCAGCCUCAAACCAGCUGUCAAGGAUGUUGCUCGCAAGGCCGAGCCGGAGGAACCUAUACGGCCAACGAUCGAGUCCGAUCAUGUCAAAGAACCCACGCAGACGGUGCAGCCGGACGCAUCACAGGCUGUGGUUCCUCCAAAGAAACGUGGGCCAGGGCGGCCUCCGAAGAACGGCGUCAUGUCGAAGAGGGAAGAGCGUGAGCUGAAGAAGAAGCGCGAAGAGGAGGAUAAGAAGAAUAACCCACCUCAAGAGCCGGGGAACCCCCCAACGAAGAGGAAGGUCGGGCGCCCCAGGAAACAUCCUCGGCCUGAAGAUGAGGGCGACCAGCCGGAGAAGCGCAAAUACAAGCCACGCAAGCCAAAGAACGAAGAUGGGGAGGACGAUGAAGAUCCGGAGGGCGACAAGGCUGACAAACAGAAGCGACUUCAAAAGCCAAAGACUCCACCAUUGGACUUAGGCAAGAAGGAGAAUUUUACGGAAGAGCAGCUGCAGAAGCCCAACAAAAACUACCAGACGUUGAUUGACGAGGUCUUGUCCAAGGGGCCUGAAGACGGCCUCACCCUGAAGCAGAUCUACAAGAGGAUCGCCAGGCAGUAUCCGUAUUUCUUCUUCAUGGUUGACACCAAAGGCUGGGAAAGCAGUGUGCGACACAAUCUCAUCGGGAGUCACUGCUUCCAUAAGAACCAAGAAACGCAUCUCUGGAAGCGUGUCCAAGGCAUUCCCCUGGAAUCGGGUAAGAAGCGGAAGCCGAGCGACACUGCCGCAGAGCCGCGGGGUCCACAAAUUUACAACGGCAGCUUCAAUCCUUCUCACGGCUAUCAGCAACCCCCGCACCCCCAGCAAUAUCCAAAUCAACACAUGGUCCCCGCUGGAGGUGGCCCUCCGAUGAAUGGGAUGAAUGGGAUGAAUGGGAUGUCCCGGUAUCAACCCAGCGGUCAGGCGCAUCCGGCUGCCAUCCCAAAUUCGACCCUUCCUGGCACUACGCCGAGCCAGCAGGCCGCCACUCGCCCGGGCUUCCCACAACAUACACCGCAGCAGCAGCAGCAGCCACAACAACUGCCGCCUCCGCCGACUACUGUGUCCCAGCCAAGUACCUAUGCCGCUACCGCGGGACCGCCAAGGCCACAAUACCCAAGCUCCCAGCAGCAUCCUUACAAUCCCGCAUUCAAUCAAAGGCCACAACAGCCACCAAUGGUACAUGGCACUGCCGCUGGCACUCACCAGACACAGAACCACGCUCAGCACCCUCUGGCAGGACGACCUGGCCAGGGCGCGCUGACGACAAGUCAGCGAGGUCCGGCUAACGUCCAUACUGGUCCGGUACAGCAGAAUCAGCGAGCUCCUAGCUUACCGCACCCACAGCAGCCCGUGCCAAACACUGUACCGCCCGCGGCUUCAGGGCCCGCGGUGGAGCCUUCACUGAGAGAAUUCCUUGGGAAGUUCUCUAGCGAGGUUGUUAAGCAACUCCAAGGCCGCGUAAAACGCCCACACGCUGUUGCUGUGUCUGUUAUCAAUCGUGGGCUGGGCUUAACCGACAUGAGCCUGGCGCCAGAGCACGAGAACUUCGAGAAGGCGAUCAUCAGCAUUUUCCACACACACAAGCUGACCUACUCCAAGCCGAAGGCCACCACAGCGUCAACGACCGCGACGGAGCCAUCUAGGCCUCCGCCCGCUACAACAGCGCCAGCUGUGAACGGGAACGGGAACGGGACCGGGACCGCGGCCGCAGCUGGAUCGGCUCCGGCAGUGCCUUCUCCGGUGCACGCAACACCGAUUUCCGCUCCCAGUGGCUCUGCUCCUACUGGCUCUACUCCGACUGGCUCUACUCCUACUGUCUCCGGCCCCAAUGAUUCUGCUUCCAACGGUUCUGGUACCGCCGCAAGUAAAGUCAACGGAUCUCUGACUGCGACCGCCAACGCUCCAAAUGGCACCACUGUGGGAACACAUCCUGUGCUUGGUCGCAAUGAGUUAUCCACUACUGGACCUGCUCCGGCCGGCCCCACGACACCUUCUGCUGCUCCGGAAUCUGCUCAAACCAGCACCGCUGUCGGUGCUGGCAACCCGUCUGGAUCAUCGACUGGUCCCCAAUCCAAUGGUGUCCCAAAGGUCAACAGCCCCGUCCCAUCCCGCUCAAGCGCGACACCAGCACCAGGCACCCCUGCUCCCGAUGCGAACAACGUGCAGCUCCUGGACCCGAAGCUUGUUGAAGUGAUUCAGGAUUACAAAAGGCUCAGCCAGCAAGUCCUGAUUCCCCAGGUCGGUAAGCUCCAGGCGGAGAUACUGGUGAUGAGCGCGGUGAAUCGUGUACUGGGGUUCACAACCGAAACAAUCGUCCCGCACACCAGUCAAGGCCAGAAGCUCGGCCUUAGGGAAGCGGAAGACGCGCUUAUCAACAGCCUGAGACCCCGGAUAGAUGCUUACCUCAGGAAUAAGCAAGCGCCUCCUACGGUUCCUUCUGCGGCGCCUACAACGUCAACACCUACGCCUGUCCACGCCACCGCCGGCCUACAACAGAACGUCGGUCUGCUAGACCAACGCAUGGCCCUCGAGUGGGCGCGAGAUAACGUUGCCGCGUUUGGAGGCGAUCCUUUGAAGAUCACCGUCUUCGGGCAGUCGGCCGGAGGCGCGUCGACCGACUAUCUCAACAUCAUGUACCCGGACGACCCCAUCGCAAACGGGUUCAUCCCGCAGUCCGGGGUGGCCAGCGGCGCGGUCGGGGCGCUUGCGGGCACGCCCGAGGACGCCGCCUCGGCCUGGUACGACGUGUCUGCCUCGGCGGGCUUGCGGUGGCGAGGAGGCUGGGCCACGGACGUGGGUGACAUGUUCUGGAGUGGCUACAUCUUUCCGGGUGGUCUUCAAGCUUGGAACAAGACACCAACGACACCCCCAGUCCAAACAGGCUUCUCCCCAGUGGCGGAUGAUAAAACUGCGCCAUCGGCGGCUGUGGACCGCAUAAACGCAGGCGGCUUCGCCAAGGUGCCGAUGCUAGUGGGCAACGCCGAGAACGAGGCCGGGUUCAUCCGGCCGGUGCUGCUCGCGUACACGUGCUUUGACAGGUCGACGGUGGACACGAUCGCGCCGCUGACCAACGUGGUGCAGCCGAUCCUGGACAUCGCCAACCUCGUCGGCUUCACGUGCGGGGCGCGGCAGGCGGCCGGGCUGAGGGUGGACCAGGGCGUCACGGCGUACCGGUACCGCCUGUACGGGGGCAACUACACGAAGCUCCAUGUCAACUACGUCGGGGCCGACUACCACACCUCCGAGCUGCCCGUCGCGUCCAUGGGCGCCUUUAUGAGGAACGCCUGGGCCGAGUUUGCGAGGGACCCGGAGGACGGGCUGGCGAACCUGGGCUGGCCGAAAUAUGAUCCCGACGACGACACCCUUGCGCGGCUCGCAUUCGAGGGCGAGACGGAGCCGUCCUAUGUUGACCCAGAUGACACGGACACGCUGUGCACCCCCAUCAACUUGGUGCUGAACAGGGUCACCGGGUCGACCAGCACCGUGAUGAGCUGCCUUCACUCCGCCCUCAUGGCCGUCGUGGCCAACGGGACGCAGUCAGAACAGGUGAAGCAGGCCCUGGCUAAGAGCUCAGGGCCUCUGAACCCGACGUCUGUCACAGACAUAAUCACGGGUCUUGCCAGCUUGAUGGGGAAGCUUUGGAUCACUCGACGCGACGAAGGCAUGUUCUCGGAGGAGUUUUGA